AAUAAAACAAUAACUUGUUUAAUAAAUAAAAUUUUAAUUGUAUUUAUUAAAUUCUAGUUUAAAGUGGUGAAAAGUGCAGUUUUUUCGUUUUUUUUUUUGGUUGAAAAAUUGUGCUUAAAACAAUUCCAAACACAAUGGGGCGCAGGCAGGGAUGCGUCAUUAAAACCUCAGCUACGCCAACAAAAACUACAAAAAAGGUUCUGUCCCACGAUGAGUUUAUGAAACGUAUAAAUAAAACUUUAUAUUUCGGCAAUGAUUUCCUUGAUAGCGAUGAUGAUAACGUGGCGCCUGCUUUGGAAAUGUCUAAACCUUUGGCGGAAUAUGCUUCCGAAUUGUUUAGUGAAAGUCAUCGUGGUUAUACGUUGAAUCGUCUAAGUUGUGUUGAGGCUUCUAGUUUACAAUCAGCCACACCGGCUACAUUGAUUAUGGCUUUAAUCUAUUUGGAUCGUUUGAAUGUUACAGAUCCUGGUUAUGUUAGACGUAUAACACCGCAGGAAUUGUUUAUUGUUUCUAUGAUGAUUUCCACUAAAUUCUAUGUUGGCUACGAUGAGGAGAUUUAUAUGUCUGAUUGGGCAGAAUACGGUAACAUAUCGGAGGAUAACUUAAAGCAAUUGGAGUUAAAUUUCUUAAGCGCAAUU